AGCAGGCCCUAAAAGCUGAGACCCCACCAAGUGAGAAGAGGCUACAAAGGAAAGAGAGGGAUAGAACAAGGAGAGAGAGAAGGAAGGAGGGGUAACCUGGCCAGGCUGCUGUCCCCCCUACAGGGCCAGCUCAGAUUCAGCUCUAGGAGCAACUCAGCUGAGGAAGCAACAGCAGCCCCUCUCCUCCAGCAAAGAACGGCAAACAGACACACACACACAGACAAAGGCGUUCGGACCAGAAGUCCUCAGCCCCCAGCCACUCAGCCGGGCCUGGCCCCAUGGCCUUCAAUGACCUCCUGCAGCAGCUGGGGGGCAUCGGCCGCUUCCAGCAGAUCCAGGUCACUCUGCUGCUCCUCCCCAUGCUCCUGAUGGCCUCCCACAACACCCUGCAGAACUUCACGGCCGCCAUCCCCACCCACCACUGCCGCCCACCUGCCGAGGCCAACCUCAGCAAGGAGGGGGAGGCCUGGCUGCCUCGGGACAGACAAGGUCAGCCCGAGUCCUGCCUCCAGUUCACCUCCCCCCAACAGGGACCACCCUUUCCCAAUGGCACAGAGACGGAUGGCGUGGGGGCCACAGAGCCCUGUACCAAUGGCUGGAUCUACGACAACAGCACCUUCCCUUCCACCAUCGUGACUGAGUGGGACCUCGUGUGCUCUCACAGGGUCUUACGCCAACUGGCUCAGUCCUUGUAUAUGGUUGGGGUGCUUCUCGGAGCCAUAGUGUUCGGGCACCUGGCAGACAGGCUGGGCCGCAGGAAGGUGCUGAUCUUGAACUACCUGCAGAUAGCUGUGACGGGGAUCUGUGCGGCCUUCGCUCCCAACUUUCCCAUCUACUGUGCCUUCCGUCUCCUCUCGGGCAUGUCGAUAGCUGGCAUCAUCCUCAACAGCAUGACCCUGAAUGUGGAGUGGAUGCCCAUUCACACGCGGGCCCAUGUAGGCACCCUGAUUGGCUAUGCCUACAGUCUGGGCCAGUUCCUGCUGGCUGGCGUGGCCUAUGCUGUGCCCCACUGGCGCCAACUGCAGUUGGUGGUCUCUGUGCCGUUUUUCGCCGUCUUCAUUUACUCCUGGUUCUUCAUCGAAUCGGCCCGCUGGUACUCCUCCUCCGGGAGGCUAGACCUUACUCUGAGGGCCCUACAGAAAGUGGCCCGGAUCAAUGGGAAGCAGGAAGAGGGGGCCAAACUAAAUAUGGAGGUGCUCCGGGCCAGUCUGCAGAAGGAGCUGACCAUGGGCAAAGUCCAGGCCUCAGCCAUGGAGCUGCUCCGCUGCCCCACUCUUCGCCGCCUCUUCCUCUGCCUCUCCAUGCUGUGGUUUGCCACUAGCUUUGCCUACUACGGGCUGGUCAUGGACCUGCAGGGCUUUGGGGUCAGCAUCUACCUAAUCCAGGUGAUCUUCGGAGCUGUGGACCUGCCUGCCAAGCUCGUGAGCUUCCUUGUCAUCAACUCCCUGGGUCGCCGGCCUGCCCAGAUGGCCUCACUUCUUCUUGCGGGCAUUUGUAUCCUGGUCAAUGGGAUGAUGCCCCGGGACCAGUCCAUUGUCCGAACCUCCCUUGCUGUGCUGGGGAAGGGCUGCCUGGCUUCCUCCUUCAAUUGUAUCUUCCUGUAUACUGGGGAGGUAUACCCCACGAUGAUCCGGCAGACAGGCCUGGGAAUGGGUAGCAUGACGGCCCGACUGGGCAGCAUUGUGAGCCCACUGGUGAGCAUGACCUCCGAGCUCUACCCCACCCUGCCUCUCUUUAUCUACGGCACCAUCCCUGUGGCUGCCAGCGCUGUCGUUGUCCUCCUGCCGGAGACCAUGGGCCAACCACUGCCGGACACAGUGCAGGACAUAAAAAACAGGAGGAGAGGGAAACCGAAGCGACAGCAGCAAGAGCAGCAGAAGCAGAUGAUCCCACUCCAGGCCUCAGCACAAGAGAAGAAUGGACCCUGAGCAGCGGCCUUACAGAGCCCUAAAGGAAUGAGGGUCCUACAGGUCCCGGGCCACCCACACCAGGAGGGAGAAGGGGGAAUGGCAGCCCAAGCAUGAGGGGCUAUGGUCCAGGGAAGUACCUCCCCAGGGCCCCCCUCUCUGAAUAGAUUUCACCAAGACCACGUCAUUAAAAGG